AGCAAUUCUACUACUGGGGCGCUAGAGGGAUUCAAUCCGUGUGUGUGCGUGUGUCUGUGUGAGGAAACAGGUUUUUCUUUUCUUGUUGUUCCCUUGCGUCGUGACUUGUUGUUGCGUCUCUUAUCUCUGGCUUACGUGUGCUACGAUUUCGUCUCAUUAUACCUUUGGUACUCCGCGUGCUCUUAUUUACCUGUGUCUCCUACAAUUGAUAGGGUGUUACUAGUCGAGAACUUCAUUAUUUUUUUAUUGAUAUUUUCUUUUGUUGUUUGUUGAUUUCCCUUUCUGUAAUGAGCUCCAACCCUGCGUUUCCUUUCAACGCCUGGGUGUGGGUCAAACAGCCCGACUACCCGUGGUGGCCGGCGGUGGUCUUGGACCCGGCGCAGUCCGGUCAGCAACUUCCAGAGGGCUGCGACUUAGUGCUUCUGUGCGGUCCGACCGCCGCCGCCACGCUUGCCUUCGCGAGCUCGCACGAUCCGGCGCAGGUGCGUCCUUUUCGCGGGGCAGAGGUGGACGACGUCUUCGUGAAAGAAGGCCGCGGUGAUGAGAGUUGUGGGGCGGCGAUCGAAGAAAUGGUGGCGGCUGUUGCGGCUGCCUCUGGGAGCAGCACGCAGCCAGCGCCUUCUCCGGAGAGCACCAAUGUUAACAACGCCGGCGAUGUUGACGAGGCGGUGAGUUGGGAGGCGUUACUGGCGGACACCGCGGCUGCCGCAGAGGCGCCGUCCCGCGACAAGGCCGAAAAGAAGCACAAGAAGGACAAGAGGAAGAAAAAAGAGAAAUCGAAGAAGGCAAAGAAGGCGGAGAAGACGCACACGCGGCACCGCGCCCGCCACGGUGGUGCGUCGUUGUCUGAAGGAGAAGAGGAAGCAGCCGGCAGCAGCAGCAACAACAGCAACGAUAGCGAUGAUGAGGACGGCGACGACGAUCUCUUCCGUCGCCGCAACGGCACCGCCUCCACACGCACGGCGGCGAAGAAGAUGCGGUACGAGCGCCAGAGCCGCCUGGACGAGUACAAGGCUGGCAGCGCCCGCCCACUGACGCACCACGCCCCGCACUACGAUCCCGACUACCUGCACCGCAAGGUCCGCAAUGCGCGGCGCAGUGCGAGCAACGAGGAGCUCGUGCGGGCGGCGGCGGAGCUGCGGGAGCUGACGCGACGCUGCCUCAGCGGUGCUGCGACAUCCGUGGAGUUGGAGGAGGAAGUGCUGCGUGUGUUGAGCCCGUUGGCCCGUGUCGAUGUCACGGUAGCGCAACUGCAGGAGUCCGGCGUGGGGGUCGCCGUAGGCAGCCUCCUGCGCGGCUUCACAACCGCCGUGCACCAGCUCGCCCAGGCGAUUCUGAAUUACUGGUUCCGCACCCUCCCGCAGAACACGCAGCAGCAGCUGUCAGCAGAGACGGAGGUGGAUCGGGCCUCCGUGGACACCUGCGCGAGCGGCGGCAGCGGCGAUGAGGGAGAGGGCACGCUGGGCCGGCUCGGCGUCAUGCUCUACGACUCCUUCACAAACCAGGAAAUCGAUGACGCACCGCCCAGCGCGAAGGUGGUGAAGCUGUGUAAGCUGAUCGAGGCGGCGCUGAUGCAGCACUGCAGCCUCGACGCUCAGCGGCUGGUGCUGUCAGCGUUCGGUGACGAGGGCAGCACGGGAAAGUCGCUGCGGCGAUUUGUGUUGGAGGGCAAAAUAACCGCCGACGACAUUGUGAAGCACGCGGAUGAGCUGCCCACGCUGAUCCGCAGCAACCAACGUCGCCCGACGAACAUCCUGACCCAUACGUCGAACUUCUCGAUGAACAUCGGGGUCGGCGGCGGAUCGCCCACGUCGCCGAAUGAGCUCUUUUCCCCCAUCGGAGAUGGCUCCGUCGGAAGUCCAACUUUUGGCUCCCCCACCGGUCGCGCAUCGACCGCGCUGUACACCUGUCCACAGUGCGGUGCAAAUGACGCCUAUCAGAGCAGCUACACGGUCCAGGCGCACGACAACAUGCCAGAUAUUCUCCGCUGCAAGAAGUGCGGCUCGACGUGGAACGUGGCGGAUCAGUAG